AUGAACGAGAACCGUGCAGGCCGUGCCUCUGGCAUCGACACGCCUAUCACUAGGCUACUCCAUGAAGCUGUGCGAGUUGGAUUUCGUUCUACGGCCGACACUGAUCUUGUCAUCCGUUGCUCGAUGCGCGAGAGUCGAGAUUUCCACUGCCACAAAUCCAUCGUCUUGCGUCAGGUUCCCAGCCUUAGUGAUACUUACGGCAUUCACCUUGAUGAGAAUCUAGGUUGCGACAUCAUCACAAUUGAUAGUUGGGACCAUAUUUACGUCCUCCCCAUGCUGCAAUUCAUCUACACGGGAAGCUACAAUUGCCACUGGGCUCUCAUGGGGGAUAUCGGUGGAGUCUUCACUGCCGGCUUCCACAUCGUUGUCUACGGCUUCGCAUCAGCCAUUAACUUCCAAGAGCUGAAGCAGCUUUCGGACGCCAAGUUCACAUUCCAAGUUCACCACCAUCUUUCGCCGGAGGGAUUUCUGUUGGCACCGGGCCUCUGCCUUGCAGGCGUCUACCAUACGUGCGUCGAUCCGGACCGCGGCUUGAAAGACGCGAUUCUGGCAUUCUGCUCGCUCCAUGCGGAGGAACUCAUGGGCAAUCAAUCCUUCUACUGCGAUCGAAGGAUUCCGGAGGAAUUCUGGAAAGAGUUUGCCUGGUAUCUUGCUGGCUGCCCAUAG